UGGGACCUCUCUCGCUUCCGGCUCGGCCAUUGUUUUCGCUUGUGCGGGCCGCUGGCUCUCCUAGGUGUCUAGGGCUUGCCGCUUCUGUGCCCCGGUGAGCGGACACGGGGCGAGGAGGGAGGUGCUUUGGGGGCCAGGGCCACUGGGUCGGAGCCUCUAGGCCACCCACAACCCAGGUCGGUGACGCCCCCUGAUGUACCCUGGUCUCCGCCGGCUGCGCGGUUCCCGUGACUCUCAGAAGCAGCCAGAUUUAGAGCCGCCUCUUUGUCCCAGUUUCCUGACCAGCCGUGCCUGGCACGGAGCCCGGCACCUGCGGGUACAGCGAUGCACAGGGCAGACGUGGCCAGGUGACGACUUUCAUCACCCCCACAUCCCCAACUUUGAAAACAACUUCUGGGACCUGAAUUACAGACUGUCAUUUUAAUCAGACAAAUUGCAUCAGAAACAAGCUUCUCUCGGGUGUCACAAUGGCAGCCCAAGGCAGAGGAACUUUAGGCCUCAUCCCCAGGGGUGCUGGUCUCCAGAAGCAAGAGGGGCACCUGUUGGUGAAGCAGGAGCCAGCGAGCCAGACUUGGGGGCAGGGCUGCAGUCUCCAGAAGCAUCAUCCUCCCGUCUGUGAAAUUUUCAGGCUACACUUCAGGCAGUUAUGUUAUCAUGAAAUGUCUGGGCCGCAGGAGGCACUGAGCCGGCUCCGGGAGCUCUGCCGCUGGUGGCUGAUGCCAGAAGUACACACCAAGGAGCAGAUCCUGGAGCUGCUGGUGCUGGAGCAGUUCCUGAGCAUCCUGCCAGGGGAGCUCCGGACCUGGGUGCAGCUGCAUCACCCUGAGAGUGGUGAGGAGGCCGUGGCUGUGGUGGAGGAUUUCCAGAGACAUGUCAGUGGACCAGGACAGGUGAUUCUUCAUGAGAAAAUAUAUGUCUGAAGCACUGACACAGAGUGCAAAUUGUUAUAUAAUCUGGUCUUAAAACUCCUACCGAGAGGGUCAGCAGAGGAAUGGCAAGGAAAAUUGCAAACUUCAGAUUUCAGCUCCAGCACAGGAACAGGAAAUGCAUUCGGAAGAGACGACAGCCUUGGGUGCAACAGAGGAAUCUCCUCCCAUCUCACCCCUCAAUGAGGGUUCAGCCUCUGGAGCCCACCUGGAGCCUCCUUGUGACCCAGGGGCACACCACCUCCCCAAUAGGCACUCUGCUCAGCGUGCUUCCUCAGUGCCUGCCCUUCCCCAGGGGGGGAACUUUGGAGACCAAGCAGCAACAACAGUGCUUCAGAUGGUCAGGCCCCAGGAACCUGCAGAGUACGAGUUCCUGUCUGUGGACUAUACUCAGAAGAAAUGGAAAGGUCCGGCACUCAGCCAGAGAGCCCUGUACCGGAACAUUGUGCCAGAAAAUUGCCACAGCCUGGCCUCAUUGGCAGGUGAGAACGGGAUGGAGUGUUCAGACUUGCCUCCAAAGCAGGAAAGCUCUAAAGAAUCAGAGGCAUCUGAUAGGACCUCAGGAGUUCUCUAUGAAGUGAUUCCUGGAGGACCAGUCGCUGGAGACGCCUAUGAAGAGGCUUUAGAGAAGCUCGGAGCUCAGCCCUCAGAUGAAGAAGGGAGCAGACUGGAAAGUGAUCUCUUGGAAAUAACACAGGAGGAUAAAAAUAAAUGCACUGAAGAUGGAUGUGCUGAAUAUAAGGAUCUUGGAGAACAUCCAGAUCUAUCCCCCAGUCCUGUAGGACAUCAAGGAGUUCUAAAGGGACAGAAAUUCUAUCAAUGUGAUGAGUGUGGCAAAGCUUUUAAUCGUAGUUCACACCUCAUUGGGCAUCAGAGAAUCCACACUGGGGAGAAACCCUAUGAAUGUACUGAGUGUGGUAAGACCUUCAGGCAGACCUCUCAGCUCAUCGUCCAUCUCAGAAUCCACACAGGGGAAAAGCCCUAUGAAUGUAGUGAUUGUGGAAAGACCUAUCGCCAUAGCUCCCAUCUCAUUCAACACCAGAGACUCCACAGUGGGGAGAAACCGUAUAAAUGUAACGAAUGUGCAAAAGCUUUCACUCAAAGUUCCCAACUUAUUGACCAUCAGAGAACCCAUACUGGGGAAAAACCAUAUGAAUGCAGUGAGUGUGGGGAGGCCUUCAUUCGGAGUAAAAGCCUUGUCCGCCAUCAGGUCCUUCACACUGGAGAGAAACCUUACAAGUGCAAUGAGUGUGGGAAAGCUUUCUGUUCCAACAGAAAUCUUAUUGACCAUCAGAGGAUCCACACUGGGGAGAAACCUUAUGAGUGUAAUGAAUGUGGCAAGGCCUUCAGUCGGAGUAAAUGUCUUAAUCGACAUCAGAGCCUCCACACUGGGGAAAAACCAUACAAAUGCAGUGAGUGUGGGAAAGCCUUCAAUCAGAACUCUCAACUUGUUGAUCAUGAGCGAAUUCAUACUGGAGAGAAACCUUUUGAAUGUAAUGAGUGUGGCAAGGCAUUCAGUCUGAGUAAAUGUCUCAUUCGACACCAGAGACUUCACACAGGUGAAAAGCCCUAUAAAUGCAAAGAGUGUGGAAAGUCCUUCAAUCAAAACUCACACCUCAUUAUUCACCAGAGAAUUCACACUGGUGAGAAACCUUAUGAAUGUAAUGAAUGUGGGAAGGUCUUCAGUUACAGCUCCAGUCUUAUGGUACAUCAGAGAACCCAUACUGGAGAAAAACCCUAUAAAUGCAAAGAUUGUGAGAAAGCUUUUAGUGACAGCUCACAACUCAUUGUGCACCAGAGAGUUCACACUGGAGAGAAACCCUAUGAGUGUAUUGAGUGUGGGAAGGCCUUCAGUCAGCGUUCCACUUUCAAUCACCACCAGCGAACUCACACUGGAGAGAAGCACUCAGGGCUGGCUCGAUCCAUUUCUUAGGGCAUAAUUCUCCCAGACAAAGAGUAAGGAACUUUGAGUUAAGGUUUCUUUAUAAGAACUAUGCUCACCCUGGUCUCUGCUUGGAACCACUAAUCAAAGUCAACCAUCCCUAAAUGCUUUCUGCUGGGCCACAAAGGUGGGUGAGUGGGGGUAACAGUGCAGCUCUUUCCCACUGUUGGAGAAGUAAGGAUUACACAUUUCAUGUGCUUGUAGGUUUUUUUCCUUUCCUUUUUUUUUUUAAAAAAAAAAACUUUAAAAAUUAAUUAUCUCUUUCUCUUUUUUGGGGGGUGGGGGGGCUCACCCAUGGAAUGUGGAGGUUUCCAGGCUAGGGGUCGAAUUGGAGCUGCAGCUGCUGUCCUAUGCCAUAGCCACAGCAAUGCCAGGUCCAAGCUACAUCUUUGACCUACAACACAGCUCAUGGCAACACUGGGUUCUUAACCCACUGAUGGAGGCCACAGAUUGAACCCCAAACCUCAUGGUUACCAGUCAGAUUCGUUUCCACUGCACCACAAUAGGAACUCCUACACCGGAUUCUUUAACCCACUGUGCCAGGGCUGGGAUUGAACCCACACCUCCACAAUGACCUGAGACCUGAGCUGCUGCAGUUGGAUUCUUAACCCAUUUGUGCCACAGCAGGAAUUCCUAUCUCAUUUCUUAGUUAUGCAUUCCAUCAUAAUGUAUGCUUCUCAAGGACUGCUAUUUCCCUAUUGUUAUUCCACUUCCUCCAUUUUACCAUUUAUAUAAAGUCAUUGUCCGGGAGACUAAUUCAUUCUUUCUCUUGGCUCUGGCUAUUAUAUUUUUAUUUUUUAUCUAAUUUUUUGGGGGGUGGUUUUUCUUGGGCCACAUCCAUGUCAUGAAGUUCCUGGGCCACAGAUCGAACCUGUGCCAUAGCAGUGACGAUGUGCCAGAUCCUUAACCUGCUGAGCCACAAGGGAACUCAAUUCGUCUAUUUAAAUAUCUAAUGUAGUCUCUCAUCACUUAUCUUCCUGAUCUAGAAAAUCUUUUUCCUUUUCUUUUGCUAAUCAUCUCUGAAACUUCCAGAUCCACCUCACCUUGAAGGGCUUCUUCAAAUGCUUCGUUCCGAUUCGCCUUUUAUUUAUUUCACCUCAGUGCUUUGAGUUAGCUGGUACUACAAUGUGCAGCCAUUGUUAAAUUGCUCUCAAUUUAAUGAACAUGUAUAUAUGAUCAUGCCAACUUAUUGUAGGCUUUUUGAAGUUGGGCAUAGUAUCUGUUUAGUAUAUAGAUAAUAAUUUUCAUAUGCUAGUUGUUUAAUAAACACCUUUUAAAGACUUAUCUAAUUGAACCAUCCUUGAAUUGGACACAGUCUCCCCCCACCUGCUCCCACCAGACCAGAAGCAUCUGAAGCUGGAAGUGGCAUCAUCUCAUCAUAGGAUAUUGUAUACAAAGCCCUCACUGAUAUUUCUACAUGUACUUCUGAAUCAGUACUUCAGUGUUGGUUUCUGAUAAAUUUUCUAUUGGGUUUAGGAAGUUUCCUUCUAUUCCUUUUUUUUAGAAGAAGUAAUAUAGUAUAGUAGUUAGAGAUUUUUGUGUCUGGUACUCUAGGUUGAAAUUCUUACCCUUCUACUUCCUUAGGUGUGUGAUGUUGGGUACGUCAUUUAGUUUUCCUGUGUCCAGUUCUAUAUGUAAAAUGCAUCUACCUCAGGGUUGUGAGGGUAAAAGUAAUUCAUAAGGAUAACGUACUUAAAACAGUGCACAUACUAUACCCUAUAGCAAUUAUUUUUGUUUUAUAUUUUGAGUUUUUAUUGAUGGUUUUUAAGUUCUGUGUUGUUUUUGUUGUAUAUGUUAGUGUAAUUUUAUAGGUCAUGUCCUUUAUUCUUUUAUCAAUUGGGAGAGGGGAGCAAGUUUCUAAAUAAUUGAAAUUUCCUUGCACUCCUGGAAUAAAAUCAAUUUGUUCAUGGUGAUUUUUAUUUAUUUAUUUAAUUUUUUUGCCACACAUGUGUCAGGAGGAAGUUCACUGGCCAGUGAUCAAACUGGCACCACAGUAGUGACCCAAGCCACCAUAGUAACAAUGCUGGAUCCUUAACCCACUAGGCCACCAAGGAGCUCCAUGAUUUUUUUUUUUUUUUAAGUGCAGAACUAGGAGCUCCAGUUGUAGAGCAGUAGAAAUAAAUCCAACUAGUAACCAUGAGGUUGCGGGUUUAAUCCCUGGCCUCACUCAGUGGGUUAAGCAUCUGGCAUUGCCGUGAGCUGUGGUAUAGAUGUGGCUUGGAUCUUGUGUUGCUGUGGCUGUGGUGUAGGCCGGCAGCUGUAGCUCUGAUUCAGCCUCUAUCCUGGGAACCUCCAUAUGCCAUGGUUGCAGCCCUAAAAAGCAAAAAGCAAAAACAAAAAACAAAAAAAAAACCCACAAAAACUAGAUUAAAUUUCCUAAUAACGUUUUUGCCUGCUUUGCAAAGUGUAUUUGGAGAGUUUUUUUUUUUUUCUUUUAUUACUCCGGAAAAGUUUGAAUAAUGUGGGAAUUAUUUGAAGAGUAAAAAUAACUGGGCCUGAUCCAUUUUGAAGGGCAGAGGGAAUUGAGAGGGAUGAAUCUUUAGCAACAUUUUUAUUUAUUCAAUCAUUACCCUUUUUAAGUUUCUACCUCUAAAUUUUGUUAAUAUAUAUCUGUAAAUCAUCUUUCCUAUUGGACUGUCAAAGAGUGGCAUAAAAAAAAAGAAAAA